AUGUUUGAGGUGCAUCAGGAACAUCAUGUAGAAAUCAAUCCGCAUCAAUCAAAAGAUGAUAAUAUUAAUAAUCAAACAACAACGGAUUUAAGUGAUAAAUCAGAAAAUCAACAAGAAUUCCAUGAAAAAUUUUUAAAGGUUGAUGAUAAACGAUGUUCUGCUACAAAGGAUAGCAAACAGCCAAUAACAAGCACUGAAAACCACAAUACACCACUAAAUGUUUCUUCUGACAAACCAAAUACAGUCAAAACAGUCUCAAAUAAUCAGGUGAUAUCAAAACCAAAAAUAGGUGUCAUUCGAGAUCGAUCACGUUAUGGUAGAAGAAGAAGAAAUCGAAUGAUCAAUGACGCGUCACAAAUACGAUUAAUCGAGAUGAAUUUUGACAUUCUUUUAAAUAAAGUAACUGAGAUUAUUGAUUCUAAGUUUGUAAAUGUGGAGAAUGAUAAUGAAAAUAAUACCGCUGAAAUACGUAAUAAUGAUAAACAUCUAAAUGAUUUUAAAGAACAGCAAUCAAGAGACCGACAAAUAAAUCAAACAUUUGUUAGUAUAUUUCUUGCGAAUAUGAAGUACAAUUCUCAAACAACACGUAAUCAUUAUCAUUAUGAUCCGUUACUGAAACGAUUCUCGGAAGCAUUAUACAUUCUGUGUGGACGCACGCGAUACGAAAUAAUUCGACAGAAUUUACCUGGCUCCAUUCCAUCGAUUACAUCACUACGAUCUGAAAUAAAACAAACAUUUGAACCAUUACAUGAAGCUGUAUUUCGUUUUAAACAUUUGUCAACGUACCUGUUUACAACACCAACGAAAUUUGUCUACAUGUCUGAAGAUUGUACCGGAGUAGUUAGUAAAAUAAACUAUGAUUAUGACAAUAACGAAUUCAUAGGAUUUGUACCACCACUUUUUGAAGGAGUGCCAAAACCGCACGCGUAUCAAACAGCAUCAUAUGAUCUGUUUAAAGAAUGGCUGUUAAAUCGUCCAAAAGCAACAUUAUUAAAUGUUCACGUUGCACAACCAGUGUUAUCAAGAACUGAUGAAUUACGUGCACGACCUUAA